GACAUAAAGCGCGCCCGUCCGUCGCACCGCGCUGUCGUCUCAUCUUCAGUCUUCUUCCCCGCUCCGCCGCGCUCCCAUACCACCCCCAACGCCAACAAUCUCACAGCAGCAGGGUAGUCGGGUCCGGGUCCCGCAUGGAGUCCCUGGUGGCGGCGCUCCCCUUGGGCGGCGCAGCGGCGGCGGCGGCGGCCGUCGGGGGCCUGCUGGCGGCCGCCGCGCUAGCCGGGAGGGCCGGCCUCGUCGGCCCCAAGAACAACGGCUCCAACGCGCCCCCAGCUGUUCCUGGUUUACCACUUAUUGGUAAUCUUCUUCAGUUGAAAGAAAAGAAACCCCACCAAACCUUUACAAAAUGGGCUGAAACUUAUGGGCCAAUUUACACUAUAAAGACCGGUGCUUCUUCUGUAGUUGUGCUCAAUUCAACUCAAGUAGCCAAAGAGGCAAUGAUUGCAAAAUUCUCAUCCAUAUCUACUCGAAAGCUGUCUAAAGCAUUGUCAGUGCUCACAUGUGACAAAACUAUGGUUGCUACAAGUGACUAUGGUGACUUCCACAAAAUGGUCAAGCGUUAUAUCAUGACAAGCAUGCUAGGUACUUCUGGCCAGAAACAAUUUCGGGACACAAGAAACAUGAUGGUUGAUAACAUGCUGAGCACUUUCCACACAUUGUUGAAUGAUGAUCCAAAUGCUCCUCUGAAUUUCCGGGAAGUUUUCAAGAAUGAGUUAUUCCGUUUAUCCCUGAUUCAGGCUUUAGGUGAGGAUGUGAGUUCAGUCUAUGUGGAAGAGUUUGGAAAGGUCAUAUCAAAGGAGGAAAUCUACCAGGCCACGGUGGUUGACAUGAUGAUGUGCGCAAUUGAGGUCGACUGGAGGGAUUUCUUCCCAUACCUCAGCUGGGUUCCAAAUAGGAGCUUUGAAACAAGAGUACUAACUACAGAAGGUAGGCGAACAGCAGUGAUGCGAGCCUUGAUUGAUCAGCAAAGGAAAAGAAUUGCUCGUGGAGAGGCUAGGAUAUCCUAUCUGGACUUCCUGCUAGCAGAGAAUACACUGACUGAUGAACAAUUGCUAAUGCUGGUGUGGGAGGCAGUCAUAGAAGCUGCUGAUACUACUCUGGUCACCACCGAGUGGGCUAUGUUUGAGAUUGCAAAGCACCCAGAAAAACAGGAUCGCCUUUACCAGGAAAUCCAAGAGGUCUGCAGUAAUGAGAUAGUUACUGAGGAUCACCUCCCACGGUUGCCUUACUUGAAUGCAGUAUUCCAUGAAACCCUGAGGAGACAUUCUCCAGUUCCACUAGUGCCUCCAAGAUUUGUCCAUGAGAACACAAACUUAGCCAGCUAUGACAUUCCAGCCGGCACAGAGAUGAUCAUCAACCUGUUCGGAUGCAACAUGAAUAAGAGAGACUGGGAUGAACCUGAGGAAUGGAAGCCAGAGAGAUUUCUGGAUGGGAGGUUUGAGUCUGCAGACAUGUACAAGACCAUGGCCUUUGGCGCAGGAAGGAGGGCCUGUGCUGGCAGCAUGCAGGCGAUGAACAUCUCGUGCACAGCCAUCGCGAGGUUUGUGCAAGAGUUCACCUGGAGGCUCAAGGAAGGCGACGAGGAGAAGGCUGACACCAUCCAGCUUACAACCAACAGGCUUUACCCGUUGUAUGUGUACCUUACACCUAGAGGAAGGAAAUGAGCAUCAUUUCUGGGCAGGUUUUCGCACUUCUUCAGUAAUCUGCUGUUGCAGUGUUGCCUGUGUAUGAAACUUUGGGAUGAGAACUCUGUAUGCUGUUGUAAUUUUUCGUCUGUGGUAGUUAAUAAUAAGAAGUGUACAUCACGCAAGUUAGAUACAAACUUGCAGCAUAUACUAAUGAAUCUUGAUUACUAUGUAGGUCAUGUUACUA